ACUCUUACCUUCUGAUUCCCUUCAAUCCGAACGACCGUUCGGAUCCUCAAACGGCACUCCGAGUCCUCGCAAUUCCCUCCUUCAAAUAUCCUAGCCAGCUCAGCUGCCUCGAACUGUCAUUUCUGCAACUCGCGCCUCAGUGAGCAUUGUGGGCUCGCCUGCCUUGGGUAUUCAGAAUGUGGAUCGAACUUCGAACCGGUAUUCGGAUCAGGUUCUCCUUCGGAACGAUCUUCGAUUACUACUGGAACGUUUCUAUCGACUUUUACCUACUCAAACCGGACUACUGCAGUCAACUCCCCCUCCAGCGGACUUACUCCUGAUGCCUCAUUGGGAGGUGUAGAGUACAAAACCAGAGACUCGUCCUAUUUCGAGGCAAGGUAUAUGUCCCGAAAGACGAAACACUUCGAGGCAAGAUUGUGGCCCUCCAUCAUGAUACUCAGAGUUCGGGACACCGUGGUCAGUGGAAAACCCUCGAACUUGUCUCUCGAAACUACUGGUGGCCUGGUAUGAGCCGAUUCAUGGCUCGAUUUGUCCGAUCUUGUGACCUCUGCAAUCUUAUCUCUUACCUUAAUCCUUACACUACACCUUUAACUUACAGUCAAUCCUUACUCUCUCUCUCUCUCUUUGAGCAAUCCGGACACUCAUUCCGACCUUCGAAUCGUACUUCGAGUUCGAACUAGCUAUCUCUUCGGAACGGGCUUCGAUUAUUACUCGAACUGCACCUACGGACUAUUAUCUAUUUGACCCGAGCCAUUACCGUCGACUCCCCCUCCAGCGGACUUACUCCUGACGCUUCAUAGGGAGGUGUAGAGUACAGUUGACACAAGUAGCUAAUCUUCACAAAGGACCCCC